GCCAAAUUUUAUUAUUAUCGAUGUAUUGAUUAAUAUUGUUGACAGUUCCUAGGAUUUAAAAUGUUCCAUAGUUAAUAAAAAGUUGAAAAACGAAAGGCAAUUAGGGGGCACGGGUUAUACGGAAACAAUAAUUUGUGCUGUAUUCUCUGCCUCAUUUAUGACGGCGAUAACAUUAAGGAUUCACUAGUGUUUCUGACAGGACACGCCCAGGAUAUAAUUGGAAAAUCUGAAAGCAUGGAUUCUGCUACUGAAUUAGAACAGAUCGAAACUUUAGCCAAGGAAGCGGAAACUUUAAAAUUACGCCUCGACGAUGAGAGGCAAAAACUAAACGAUGUUACACUCGCCUCCGUAGCGGACAGACUGGAAUCUAUAAAUUGUAUGAACGUGAAGCCACGUCGUAUACUGAAAGGGCAUCAAGCUAAAGUUUUAUGCUCAGACUGGUCUCCAGACAAGCGACACAUCGUUUCUUCUUCACAGGAUGGAAAAAUGAUAAUAUGGGACGCAUUUACUACGAAUAAAGAACAUGCGGUAACCAUGCCUACAACCUGGGUAAUGGCUUGCGCAUAUGCCCCUAGCGGUACUCUUGUAGCUUGUGGGGGCCUUGAUAACAAAGUAACGGUAUACCCGCUCAGUUUAGAGGAUGAUGUUUCUGCGCGGAAGAAAACAGUCGGUACUCAUACCUCGUACAUGUCGUGCUGUGCGUUUCCUAAUAGUGAUCAGCAAAUUCUGACUGGUAGCGGGGACAGCACAUGCGCUCUAUGGGAUGUGGAAAGUGGACAGCUGCUACAAAAUUUUCAUGGACAUUCUGGUGACGUUAUGUCUCUAGAUUUGGCUCCCAGUGAAACGGGAAAUACUUUUGUUUCUGGUAGCUGUGACAAAAUGGUACUCAUAUGGGACAUGAGAAGUGGACAAUGUGUGCAAAGCUUUCAGGGACAUCGUUCAGACGUUAAUUCGGUCCGGUUUCAUCCAAGCGGCGAUGCAGUGGCAACAGGUUCCGACGAUGCUACCUGUCGACUAUUCGAUUUACGAGCAGACAAGGAAGUUGCUGUUUAUGCGAAAGAAAGUAUUAUUUUUGGUGCCAAUGCGGUAGAUCUCAGCAUCAGCGGUCGUCUUCUUUUCGCUGGAUAUAAUGACUACACUGUUAAUGCUUGGGACACCCUUAAGUGCCAGAGAGUCGCGCUGCUCUACGGUCACGAAAAUCGUGUUUCUUGUUUACGUAUCUCACCCGAUGGUACAGCACUCUCGACGGGAAGCUGGGAUGCAACGCUUCGAGUCUGGGCUUAGUAAUCUUGUAUUGGGCAUCGCUUCGGCCCUGUUCGUAAAUUUAUAUUAAGUCAGAAUGGUGCAAAGUAUUCAAUCAAGCACAUUGACUGGUUGUAUUGAUAAUGGAACAAGCUGGUCUUGGCGUUUUGAGAAUCUAAAGUGAUUAUAUGAAUUGAAGAAGAAAAUGUCUUACACGCGUAUAUGACACUGAAUUCAACUGCAAUACUUGUACUACUUAGAGCACGUCUACAGAGAGGAUGAAUUAUGUAUCAUGUAUUAUAUAGUGCCAUAGAUUGAAUUCAUGUGCGACAAUGUAUGGAGUGCGAAAUGUUAUACAGAUGAUACUCUUAUUGAACGUAAAACUGAGGGAGAUUCCGUUAAUUGGAAGAAUAUCAAACCCUAUAUGUUGACAAAGAUUAAUUUUUAAAGUGUAGUUACGAGUACGAUAUAUUAGAUGAAAGUGAAUGUCAAGUCGUUGUGUUCUUAUUGUUAUACAUAUUGUUAUAAUGUAAUAAGACAGUAAUGGCAUAAAAAAUGCUGAAUAUUAUAUCCACCCGUAAUUGAUCAGAUAUUUCAAUGAAAAGGUAGAAAUCGUUAUCGAGUAUGUAGAUUAUACAACCGUAUUAAUUGUAUAUUUCUGAUUCAUAAUUUUAAUAAUUUUAAUAAAUAUUUUGUUAUCAGCGUUUUAU